UCGCUGCUGGUGCGACGUUAGCAAUGGCACUGAGGUCUACAACAACAGAGCAAGGGCUGUCUUUGAGGGCUUAUUAGCCGCUGACAGAAUGAGACAAGAUGGAUAAUGUUGCGACGGAUUGUCCUGCGGCCGAAGAGGAUGAAUGUUCGGAUUCAGAGGUUUUAUGUUUGAUGAGAGUCGGAAGAAAUUCGGAGUGGCUUCGCCUGUUCGAAAACACUGAGAUCACCAUCGGACGUGGUGUGGAUGUAACCUACCAGCUGCUGUCUGCAAGUUGUCCUCUCAUGAUCUCCAGACUGCACUGUACUUUCAAGCAGAGGGAGGAUGGCCAGUGGACAGUGACAGACAAGAAGAGUCUCAACGGCGUGCGGGUGAAUGGAAACCGGAUUCCUGCUGAAGAAGCCCAUCAGCUCAGGCUCGGAGACUCCAUACAACUUGGGGUUCCUGUAAUUGGAACCAAAGUGGAGUUUGAAUACAUCCUUGUACAGCGGCCCCUCAAAGACAUUAAACGCUACCUUGCAAAGGGACACAAAGAGAGUGCAAAAGCAGCUCAUGUUUCCAAGAAGCCCAAGAGGAAGUUGUCUGUGGAAGAAGUCGAGCCGUCUACCUCUAAGCCCAAGCUCUACCGCUCCUCCAAUGCAGACAAGUCAUUUGCAAAGCCCUGCCCUCUGUCUCAAGUGAAACAUCAGCAGAGGCUCAGUCACACCCAGGCGGAGGAAACUGGGCCUAGCAGACUAGUCCAGGAAGUAGACCGACCCUCCGAUGGCUCCAGCAAUCCCUGUGACCUGGACAACUUGCAGAUGUACAGCCAGAACAUCCUGUUGCUGAGGGAGCGGGUGGACGACACUCAGAGGCAGGUAGCUUCUUUGGAGGGCGAGCCCCAGCAGGCCGACCCUCUCAGAGAGGAGCAGGUCAGGGAGCUGCAGGGUCAGUUGGAGACACUCAGAGCCAAAAUGCACCAGAUGGAAACCUUAGAGAAAUCCUUCAGCGAAACUAAGAGGCAGCUAGAGGCCCAGAAAACGCAGCAACAAGAGGAGCUUUUGAAAAAACAGCUGGAAGAGGCCUUGCAAGAGCAAAAGAAAGUAAUAGACGAACUUGCCGUUUCUCGCCAAGGCUUCGAAGAGGUUCUCUUAGCCAAAAACAAAGAGCUGGAAGUGACAAAGGAAGAGAAAGAAAAGGCGAGGGCCCAAAAAGAGGAAGUAGUUACACAAGUGACUGAAGUUCUGGAGAACGAGCUUCAAUGCAUCAUCUGCUCCGAGCUCUUCAUUGAGGCAGUCAUCCUAAACUGCGCCCACAGCUUCUGCUGCUACUGCAUCAAGCAGUGGCGCAAAAAGAGAGAUGUGUGUCCCAUCUGCCAGCAGGCCAUCCAGUCUCAGACCCGCUGUCUGGCGCUGGACAACUGCAUCGACCGCAUGGUGGAAAACCUGAGCCUGGAUAUGAAGGCGUGGCGCCAGACCCUCAUCACUGAGAGGAAAGACAAGCAAGCUUGUGACCAUGAUGCCAUCAGAUCAGCUAACUCUGCAGCUGCGGAGGUGAUGGUGAUCCACGAUGACGACAGUAGCUGGAGCAGCGAAAGUGACAGCAGCAUGGAGUCCAUAGAUAGCAGCCUGAGCUCUGUAGUCUCUGUGGACACAGACAGCAGCAUCCACUUGGACUCCAGUUCUCCCUACAGUGGUUACUCUGAUGAAAGUGUUGACGAGUUUGAGGAUUAGCUCUGUUCUCCGAGAUGCCCUGCUUUCCAUUCAUCGACAUGCCCCCCUGGGAGCUGCCUGCCUGGCACACAAGCCGUAGCACUUUGUUGAAAAGCUCCAGGGCUGCAGAAAAGGAGGAGUGUUAAUCGCUCCCAUUGGCAUCACUCCAGAGUUGACCUCAGCUCUCACUGGCCCUGACUUACAUAAAACAAACAACUGAAUGACGUCAUAAGGUGGUGUGACAAAUUAGUUUACACUAUGUUCACUAGUAAGAGAAGGCUCAGGUUUUAUUUUUUGUAUAGCUACUUGUCUUAGGCCUUUACAUCUAGAAAUAGUAUGCAAUGCAGCAGUAAUUUUAAUGUAAAAUACACCAAGGGCACCAUUUCAAAAAGAUUUGUAAAUUUUUAAAUAGUAUCCUGAAAAGUUAUUGGCAUAGCUGCUGAGAAAUAUGGGCCAGAGAUCACAUUUAAAUCAUACAUAAACAGCCACUGCUGAGCACAGAGUGGGUGUCACAUUCAAAAAUAGAUUUUCAUCCUGGAACUCUUCAUUUUGCUAAAUCCUUACAUCUUUUGGUAAUUACACACUUGCUGAGUCGCAUAGCAACUAAUGCAACACCUCCUUGGGCUCUGAGAGCAAAUGGAUGUGUGAUGGCACCGGCCUGUAACAGUGAGGCAGAGGGUAAUGCACUCAGGCAUCACACUGUAGAUAGACAGUGUUGGUGCUGUAGCUGUUUGUGCUUCUGUUAGGGGCUCCACCGGAGGACUGACCGCUUUAAUUGUGCCAUAAAUAAUCACUGCAUGUAUUCAAUACUCCAAUACCAAGUCUGCUAUUCAUGUGAAACACCCUUCACUUAGAAAGAUGUGUGAGCCAAUAUCCUGAUGCAGCUCAUUUUUU